AUUUGUAGGCCAUAGGCAAGCUUGCAUACCGAGCAGUGAUUAUUAGCCCUGAGCAGGCUAUGAAGCCUGCAGGUGAAUUUGAGAGGCUCCUGCAGCAGCCGCACUUCGAGAACUGGGCCGCAUGAGGUACUACUUGCCUCCCAAUAUCCCCUUCUUGAUAGUGUCUGCUACAUUUACAACUAAUAUGCUUCGAGAUAUUCGAAGGGUCCUUCACAUGCAUUCCGACCAGCUCAUUACAAUACACAGUUAUCGCGACCUUGUGUUCUUGAUACCCGAAGGCUGCGGAGUCGAGUCUGCACCACCAGAUAAAUUUCACCCAGCGCAAUGGAGACAUCUGGGGCCUCUGUACGACUGACCCGUUUGGUCUGAUAUCAAGAUAAUGAUCCAGUGGCGCAUUGCUGGACACGCCAAGAAAGUGAAACUUACACUGGUUACUCUGUGGCAACGUAUUGGAUGUCUUGUUCGCGACAGGCGGCUUCAAGGCAUGGCCAUAAUUUUCGCUGAAAAAGAGUUUUUUGAUGAUGAGCGUCAGAAGAAGGAGGAGAGAAAAGAAAAACGACUGAAAAAAAGGAAGUCAGCUGGUACACCGCAAAUGCCAGCCAAACGGCUGGCACUUACCGCUUCUGGAUCAAUACCAACACCGGCUCAAAGUCUCCCCAACCUACCUCCUGAAAGUGAGUUGGGAGAGGAGUCAGAUGAGUAUAGCAGCCAGGAAAUGGUAGUUGACGCACCAGCGGAUGAUAUGGAAGUACUCAAGCAAGCCUUAGAGUGCAGUACAAACAAAGGGAGAGUGGGCACGCACAAACAGUCCAAAAAUGAGCUGGACACUGGCAUGGACUACUUCAUAAACGCAGAUGGGCGUCCUGGUUUCAAAUGUAGAAGAAAAGUGUUCCACGCAUGGUUUGACAAUGAAUCUGCCGGUGAGAACAUUAAGUUCCUAUUCUAGUUCUGGUUCUCUUUUCACACUAUCUCUUUAGAGACGGACCACAUUGACUGUGACUCUUCAAAAGCUGAAGGCUGCAACCAUUGCUCAUUACCACAGCCCACAGUCUGCUGUGACCUCCAUC